CCCGGAAUAAAUGUGGUGGGGUCAUGCCCACAAUCAGGAAUGAGGGGGAGACCCCUCACUCCGCAGGCACGGCUGGCGCAGGCAGCGCGAACGAGAAAUCAAGCCAGAGUCAGCGCCAGCCAAGAACCUCCGAGGAGGGAGGUGGAGCCAGAACAGAGAAAGGAGGCCGUGGAAGUAGAAGGUGAUGAUGAUGACGAUGAAGAGGAAGAGGACGAGAGGCUGCGUAGGGAGGAGGAUCAGAAAGCGGAGUUGCGGGCGAGGAAAAAGGGAACUAGGGGAGAGGUCGAGCCGGUCGUGAGCGACGGACCGCCCAAAAGGAAGAAAUACGCGGUCCCGUUGGAAGAAGGAUUUGAUGUAGAAAAGGUGAUUGACCGGCUGCUGGAAGGGCAUAAUGACCUCAUGACCCUGAAGGAAAUCCUAGCGUCAGCCCCGCGACUCCAUGAUGAACUGAAGGGGAGGUUGUAACGACGUUUGGUGCCCAAUGUCCAUCUGGGUACGAUUCUGCCCAAGGAGGCAGAGUGGUCGGAGUCAGACACGAAGAUGGACUGGAAGUGCGUAGCCUGCGGUACGGUGGAUUUGAUGGUGAAGGGGUCCAAGUGCGCAGC